AUGUCGGAUGGAUGGACUGAUAAAAAAAGGCGUAGUAUUUGUAAUUUCUUGGUGAACAGCCCUAAAGGAACAGUUUUUCUUUAUUCAUUGGACACUUCUGACAUCUCGAAAACAACGGAUAAAGUUGUCAAAAUGCUAGAAGAUGCCGUAGAAUUUGUUGGUGAAGAGAAUGUAGUCCAAAUUGUUACAGAUAAUGCUGCUAAUUAUAAGGCUGCUGGAGAAAGAAUGAUGGAGACUAGAAAAAGUUUGUAUUGGACACCAUGUGCUGCACACUGCAUAGAUUUGAUAUUGGAGGAUUUUGAAAAGAAGCUAAAGGUGCAUGAAACAACCAUAAAAAAGGGAAGAAAAAUCACCACUUUUAUCUACUCUCAGAGUAUGCUCAUUAGCAUGUUGAGGAAUUAUACAAAGGGAAAGGACUUGGUUCGGCCAGGUGCCACAAGAUUCGCCACUGCCUAUUUGACUCUCACUUGUCUUCAUGAUAAUAAAGGACCGUUGAUGACUAUGUUUACUUCUGCUGAUUGGAAGACAACUAAGGUUGCAUCAACGCCUGAAGGAAUAAGAGUCCAAAACAUGGCCUUGGAUAGUAGGCUGUGGAAGAAUAUUGUCAUAUGCCUCAAGGCUGCUGCUCCUCUCAUUACAGUCCUUCGCUUGGUUGAUUCAGAUGAAAAACCAGCCAUGGGUUUCAUCUUUGAAGGCAUGAGAAACGCCAAAGAAACAAUCAAGACUAACUUCGGUUGUGUUAAAAAGAGUUAUGAACCUAUAUGGGAAAUUAUUAAUGGAAGGUGGGAAAGUCAAUUGCAUAAACCAUUGCAUGCAGCUGCGUAUUAUCUUAAUCCUCAUUAUCACUAUGAACCAAAUUUCAUGGUUGAUGAUGCUGACAUUAAGAUUGGUCUAUAUAGUUGUUUGAAAAAACUGGUUCCUAACCAGGAAGAAAGGAAAAAGAGUAGUAGGAAGACCAUGCUACCUACUGAGUGGUGGGACUUCUAUGGAGAUAGUUGUCCAGAACUAAAGAAGUUUGCUAUCCGAGUUCUAAGCUUAACUUGUAGUUCAUCUGGUUGUGAGCGUAAUUGGAGUGCAUUUGAAAUGAUAACUGAGGAUGUUAAUGAAAAUAUUGCUGAAAGUUUUGAGCAUUCUCACUUGCCAACGAAUGACAAUACUAAUAAUGAUCCAAAUAGUAAUGAAUUUGCUAUUCCAGGUAUGAAUAGUAAUGAAUUCAACAUGGGUGAGGGAGGUGAGAAUGAGUUUAUUGGGGAUCCACAACAAAAUUUAAUAGAGGAAGAAGAUGAACAUGUGAAUGAUGAUGAAGAUUUUGUUGGCCGUGUUGAACCUGAGGCUGAAAGAAAUGAUGUUUCUGAUGAAGAUGGUGAAGAUGAUGAUGUUGAUGCCAUGGAAGAUGAAGAUAUUAGAGGAUUUGAGUUUUAG